AACUAACAAGAUAUAACUCAGAUUGUUUUUAAAGAGGAAUGAAUGAAGAGCUAUGUAUAAUGAAUUUUGCUGUAUUUUUUAAGCCUUCAGCAAGCAAGAAACAGAAAGUAGAGGCAGAUGGAGAUUCAGAAAAGAAAGUUCCAGCCAAAAAAGGAAAGAAAGCCCCCCUUCGUAAGGAGGAUACAAUUGAACCUUUACCUGAGGGGACCGACACCUCAUUUCCCACCGAGGUCAACCCAGACGCCAAGACAAAGGAUGGGAGGAAAUUUACCCUGAAGAUUGCCUCCUGGAAUCUUAAUGGCAUUAGAGCCUGGUACGAUAAAGACAAGAUGUCCUACAUGAAUUCUGAGUCCCCCGACAUUCUAUGUGUCCAGGAAACCAAGUGUCAGGAGGAUCAGUUACCCCCCGGGGUCAUCGACAAAAAAUACCACAUUUACUGGUCCCCGGCGGAAAAAGCAGGGUACGCAGGGACGGGACUGUACAGCAAAAAGAAACCGAUUAAUGUCACAUAUGGGAUAGGUGUCGCCAAGCAUGAUGAUGAGGGUCGAGUCAUUACAGCUGAAUAUGAAGACUUCUUUAUGGUCAAUGCUUAUGUUCCAAAUUCUGGUAAAGGACUGGUGCGGUUGAAGUACAGGACGGAGGAGUGGGACUGUGCCUUUACUGAUUACCUGAAGAAACUGGACGCCAAGAAACCGGUCAUCAUGUGUGGGGACCUCAAUGUGGCCCACACACCUGUAGAUUUAAAGAAUCCUGCUACCAACAGAAAUAAGACACCAGGUUACACUGACCAGGAGAGAGAGGGGUUCACUAAGCUCCUGGGGGAGGGGUUUGUGGACUCGUUCAGGGCGCUGUACCCUAACGCCCGCGACUGCUGGUCAUUCUGGACCUACAUGAUGAAUGCUCGGGCCAAGAACAUUGGGUGGCGACUGGAUUACUUUGUGAUCUCCGAGCGACUCCAGAAGGACCUGUGUGACAGUAUUAUACAACAGAAGGUCAUGGGGAGUGACCACUGUCCAAUCGUAUUACUGAUGGCGGGGCUCAAGUAGGGGGAGCCACAGAGAUCCAGGAAUAAAAUAGAUAUGGAUCAUUGAUGUAGGAAGAGAUCUCCUGUGACUAACAGUCUUGUGAAUUAGAUGAGCAAGAUAUAGAACAUAUUGGUGAUCUGGUAGUGUGGAUUAGUGUCUUUAUAUCUAUCUUAGAUCUGCUUUUACACUCUUUUAGAGAUUAGUGACACUUGUGAGGAGGUUGUACAUAGUAGCCCCAACUAUCUUUUAAAUGAUGGCCAAAUAUAGAAUUAUGGUUUUGUGUAGUACAAAAUCAUUGCCUGAAAAAAUGGUUUAUUUACAAGAAUACACGUAUAUGUUUUCUGAUGAAAUAAAUGUGAGCUAUUGUUUUUUUUUUUACAAAGAAAAAUUAUGUCAGUUUGAUAUGAUGAAUUUUGAAUUCCUAAACAAAUUGAUAAAAGAAAAAAAAUAUAAAUUUUGAUUUUGACACAAAAUUUAUUCAGCAUGAUGUUAGUGUUUAUAACGAUUUUUAACUCAAAAUUUUGCAAGAAGUUGUUAAGAAUUUUUUCUGAGUUUAUACUAGACAUGUUUAACAUUAAUAACAAGAUAAUUAAAAAUAUGUUUUUCACGAAAAUAACCAUUGCAUGUUUGAAAAAAAAAAACAACAAGACAUUCUUAACAGUACAUAUAGCACAUUUGUGAAAUUUAGGUCUGUGUUGUAGUAGAUAUUGUAAGUGAAUGUACACAGUAUGCAUUUUUUUCCUGUAAUUGCUGUGUUACACAUAUAGGAUCGUUAUUGAUUAGUGAUUUUAAAAAAAGUGUGUAUAAAUUAGUUGUAUGUAAUUUGUCAUACAAUGAACUGUUUUUGUUGUCUGUAAAGAGGGACAUGAAAACC